UGCCUGCUUGUAUUUGCAAACUUCCUGGUCGUGUUUCAACUUGUGAAAUGAUUUAKAAAGGCGUAUCAGGAAAUCAUCAUGGCUUUGAGCUGUGGCAAUGUAGUACCUCUUCAAGAUCUUUGUCUUCUAACAGUCAGCAGUUAUCUCUCUCCAUGUACUUUCUGGUCCAUUUACAAACUUGUACCUUACGUACACUGUCCAAGAAUCGAGAAMAUCGUUCACUCGUUCAUUUGUGACAAUUUCAUGGACCUUUCACACACUGAUGAGUUCUUGGCUUUGGAUAAGAAAGGAAUGCAACGGCUACUCGACAACCAAGAUAUCAACGUAUCAGAAGCAGCUAUGUUAGAYAGCUUAGCCCGAUGGUAUAARCAUAGUGAAAAGAAACGAGAGAAAGCUUUCAAAAACUUGUUYGACAAGCUACACUUGAGAGUUAUMCGGAGGGACGUGCUAUCUGAAUUGAUCAAGAAAUAUCAGUUGGUGAAAACUAUUCCUGAACUGCGUAAAUACAAGAGGCUGUCUUCUCAACGUGUGAAUCUGGAUAACUUGAUUUUUGAGGAGAACAUUUCCAACAUUGCUGUUCUUGGGCAGACUCCACCRUUCAGCCUAUUUCUCGAUCCAAGUGAAGAUAGACUUCACUACUGGAUGCCAAUGACCUCAAAAUUACUUGUAACUGAAUGUCCUGCUUUGACUUUCCUAGAUUCCCUUGAAGACUGCUUUUACACAAAGGUUGUACAUGAGUGCAAAGUGCCCCGUGRCAACAGUGAACUGUUCGUUUUAGGAAUGGCACUGACUUGUGCAGAGAAUCAUUUCCAUCAAACUACAUCAUUCAAUCUUCGAUUUGAUCUGAUCUCAAAGACCUUCAAAGUCUGCACCCCAUUUUGUGAUAGCAAUGCACUAUGUGAUUAUAUUUCUGUUUCUUGUGGCCAUUUCAUAUUUUUCAUCAAGGGGUUAGCUUGGGCACUGGGUAGUCCUGAAGAGYCAUUGAWWACACACAAUGUACAUCGCUAUGAUACAGAUAAAGAUCAAUGGCAAGAAGUACAACCAGCUAUCAUGCCUUAUUCAUCUGAAACAGAUUGUGUUGUGUCUUUUAAGAACAGAUAUGUGUAUUUAUUUGGUAAACACWCUAGCGAGAUGUAUGACUUGGCAACAAACACGUGGACACCAUUGGACAUCCCUUGGCAAGGGAGAGGUGAAAAUGUGCAYCUUCUAUAURCAGCCACUCUUGGCAACCAAAUCUAUGUGUGGUUGAAAGUUAGGAAUUAUUUAGUUUUUGCUUACAASCCAGCUUCAAAAACCUGGCAGUCACACGAGGAGCAAUGUUAUUCCUCCAGUAUAAGGGAAAYCUUCUUUGGAGAAAUUUUCUCUCUCCAUUUUAUCAAAGGAAGACCAAAAUUARCURUUAUGAACAAUGAUAUGGUGGAAGAGAAGAGAGUGUUUUCCAUCAAGAAAAAUUCCAUUCAAMAUAUGGACUAUCAUCACAUGACUCUUCUCAGCAGAGGUGCACGAAUAGCCWUAGAACAAGACAAGACUGUCCAAAAUCUAAAAAAAUAGUUGAAAAAAGGCAAUGAUUUAAAUUUUCCUGCUACUUUUAAUCAUCCCUGUACAUUAUAUUUGCUACAAACUAGAAUUGAAACAGUGAUUGGAAAAUAAGGAGUGUAUAUAUUGAAGAUGUGAAUAACAUCAUAAAUAUAGUACUGUAAAUUCUUAAUUUGUAUAAUCACAGGUAUAUAUGAACACAUUGAAUGUGCAUGAAAAAGAGCUUCCAGAUAAUUAAAAAUUUCAGAAUUUAUA